AUGACUCGAAGAUUGAUUACUAGUAGUUUAUUUUCGAUUAAUAAAAAUUUUUCCAUUCCAACAUUGAUAAUCAAUAGAGCAGUUUCAUCAACAAUUGGUUUAAAUGACUUGAAAAUCUUAGGUUUUGGUGCAGGCAAUAAACCGGUACCGGAAGCGCGAAAAUCUUUGGCGGAAAAGGGAUAUAAUAAUAUCAAAAUUUUUGGCAUUUACAACACGAAAGAAAGUGAUCAGGAAUUGAUAGCAGCACUGAAAGAAAAGCAAUGGGAUGUAGUUGCCAUUGGUAGUUAUGUCAACGGUUUUGAUCAAGCUGCACACUAUCAAGAAAAGGGUGUGUCUACGGAUCGUACAGAAAUACUCCUUUGGUUUAAUCGCGUUUUAAAUCUUGUACAUGAAUUAGCACCAAAAUCAAAAAUUGUUCUUCUUAAAUCACCGCAUGAUCUCUUUGAUGGAAUUCAACGAAUUCUGGGUGUUGAACAAAAACAAACAUAA